AUGCCCACCCCAAUGCAACUUGAAAGUCUGACCGUCAGUGACGGCGUGUCCUACUAUUACUUUGAUAGCGGCGACAUCCCUGGAAACACCUAUACAACCUUGGUCUUCGUCCCUGGCAUGGGUUUCAAUGGAGGUGUUUUCAGGAAGCUUUUCCCUCUAGCUGCUGCGCACCCUUCCAGUGAUGCAGACUUGGCUGGUCUCGUGUCCCGUACGGUGGAGGGACAGGAAGGUUUCCUUCGUAGUCAAGCGGUCGAUAUCGCUACUUUCCUUGUCAUGUUUGCCCGCGAACAACAUAUUCCCCCGGCGGAAGGCACCAGCGGUGGAAUUGCCCUGUUGGGAUGGUCUUUAGGAUCAUUGCACACUCAUGCUGUUAUGGCCCAUCUCGACGCCUUGCCAUACAACGUUCUGUCUGACCUUGAGAAAUAUCUCCAUACUGUCGUUUGUCAUGAUGUGACUGGAAUUUUCAUUGGUAUACCCAAGCCCCCAAGCUUCGGUAUAGAAUAUUGGACCGAGCCCGAUGUCGAGAAGAGGUUCAAGCUUUUCUAUGAAUGGGUGGCGGGACACUUCCCGCACAAAAACGUCACCUCAGGAAGCAUUGACGACCUCGAGUUCUACCAAUCCUCAGAAAAACCUCACUCUAUGCACGAGCUAACUCCUGGGGAGUUCGCAGAGCUCACGUCUGCCAAGACUUUCGGUGCUUCCGACACACUCCUCGUUACUAUUCAACAAGACGUGCUCAAGGCCAUGACGCGACGUGCAAUCUUCGACACAGCUUGGCGGAGAAGUCCCUCCCCAACUACGUGUCAGAUACAUGUGUGGUGGAACGAGUCCUGGUGUUAUAGUCUGGGCGUUACAUGA